CUCCUUGCUCCCAGAAGCCGAGUGCGGAAGUGGAAACUGCACUGUGCGGGCUCAGGGUUCCGCCUGUGGACGGCUCGCCAGAUCCUCCAGCCGACACAGCGUGCUAUCCUUCCAAUUCAACCGCUCCUAAGCAGCAGACGCCCGGGCAGAGAUGGCUGGACGGCUACCGGCGUGUGUUGUCGACUGCGGCACGGGUUACACCAAACUGGGGUAUGCAGGGAACACAGAGCCACAGUUCAUCGUUCCAUCAUGUAUCGCCAUCAAAGAAUCAGCCAAGGUUGGAGACCAGGCCCAGCGGAGGAUGAUGAAGGGGGUGGAUGACUUGGAUUUCUUCAUUGGAGAUGAAGCAGUAGACAAGCCCACAUAUUCCACUAAGUGGCCAAUCCGUCAUGGCAUCGUGGAGGACUGGGACCUCAUGGAGCGCUUCAUGGAGCAGAUCAUCUUCAAGUACUUGAGGGCAGAGCCUGAGGACCACUACUUCCUCCUGACAGAGCCUCCUCUGAACACACCAGAAAACCGAGAGUACACAGCUGAGAUCAUGUUCGAGUCCUUCAAUGUCCCAGGGCUGUACAUCGCUGUGCAGGCUGUGCUCGCUCUAGCCGCUUCCUGGACGUCCAGACAGGUGGGAGAGAGGACACUGACGGGAACCGUGAUUGACAGCGGAGACGGUGUCACCCACGUCAUUCCUGUGGCUGAAGGUUACGUCAUCGGCAGCUGUAUAAAGCACAUUCCCAUCGCAGGGCGUGACAUCACCUACUUCACUCAGCAGCUCCUGAGGGAAAGGGAGGUGGGCAUCCCACCGGAGCAGUCUCUGGAGACGGCCAAGGCAGUGAAGGAGCGUUUCAGCUACGUGUGCCCAGAUUUAGUCAAAGAAUUCAACAAGUACGACACGGAUGGCUCCAAAUGGAUCAAGCAGUACACCGGCAUCAACGCCAUCAGCAAGAAGGAGUUCACCAUCGAUGUGGGCUACGAGCGCUUCCUGGGCCCUGAGAUCUUCUUCCACCCAGAGUUUGCCAACCCUGACUUCACUCAGCCAAUCUCUGAGGUUGUGGAUGAAGUCAUUCAGAACUGUCCUAUUGAUGUCAGACGUCCUCUUUACAAGAACAUUGUUCUGUCUGGAGGCUCCACUAUGUUCAGGGACUUUGGGCGCCGUUUGCAGAGGGAUCUAAAGAGGACGGUCGAUGCUCGACUGAAGAUGAGCGAGGAGCUGAGUGGAGGCAAACUCAAGCCUAAACCAAUCGAUGUCCAGGUUAUCACUCAUCAUAUGCAGAGAUACGCAGUGUGGUUUGGUGGAUCAAUGUUAGCAUCAACUCCUGAGUUCUACCAGGUCUGCCACACCAAAAAGGACUACGAAGAGAUCGGGCCGAGCAUCUGUCGCCACAACCCUGUGUUCGGAGUCAUGUCUUAACUUUGGAGCGUGACAGCCGCAGGAAGGGGGCAGGGCUUUGAGGAGGGGGGGGUGUCGAUGUUAGGCUGUGUAAAGGACAGACUCAGGAGUCAGGGGGUGACAGCGGUGCUUCUGUGCUUUCUGAUAGCGUGUUCAGCUAUGGAUGUGUGGGACAGCAAGUGGAUCCAGAGUAUAUACAGUAAAAAGGAUUAAAAAAAAAAAAAAAAAAGAAAAGUGACCAGACCAAACACAGACCAGCUGGAAAAUUUAUUGUGAAUGUUCCUUUUUUCUUUCUUUCUGUUGUCCUUCUGCUUUUUUUUUCUUUCCACAAUGAGGGAAAAUGGUUUAUAAGCCAAAACAAUUUUAGGAACAUUUCUGGAUCUGUUGAGCAGCAAUGAUGGUGAUGGUGGAGGUUUAGGAUGAUGACAUUGAUAAUUUCAUGACACCAGAGCAUAUUAUUUAUCUUUAUAGAGGACGAGUCCAGGCACGAUGCAGUGACUCCUUAGAUCAUUGAACAUAUUAUUGUCUCCUUUAAUUUUUGGGAUUGUUUUUUUUCAGCUUCUAAUGUCUGUGUAUCACGGUAAAGCUUGUUUAUAUUUCAUAUAAAAGUUUUUUAUAUGUAAAACUUGGGAAAUUGGGGGUAAAAUACAUUAACAGUACAAGCAAGCGACUGUUAUAACCCAAGAUGCAGCUUUGAUACACAGUAUAUAAACAGUUUUAACUUUUUUUCCCCCCGUGUGUCAUUACCGUCUGCCCUUUAAUUCAUCAUACUUUCAUUCAUUCACAUCUGUUUUCACGAGACAACGUCAGGUUUCCACCUCACUGAUGCAGUGAGAGAAGAGAGAGGAUUUACUGAGGUUCUAGAGAUAAAACUGAAUAAAGACUGUCAGACCAGUAUUGUUAGACUAGAAGUUUUUUUUUUUAUUAAAUGCCAAAUUAUUAAAACAAAUGGGAUUUGUGUAUUUAAUGCCUUGCAACAUUCCAAUAAAGGCUCAAAUUUGUUUCUAAA